AUGCUAUCACUUAUAUUCGUCCUGCCAUACAUUAUCGAUACUCUAGCUUCAUCACACAUGGUUCGACUUGAUAAUCUUCAAGGAUUUGUGCUGCCUAAAUAUGACAAGGUCGAGAAAAUCUUCCGGAAGAACUUUCACGAUGGAUGGGAGCGAGAAGGAGCUGCCGUUGCGGUGUAUCACAAAGGUGAACUAGUCAUAGAUUUACAAGGUGGAUUCGCAGAUAAAUCAUCUGGAAGAAAAUGGACAAAUGAAACCAGAACUGUUGUCUUCAGUACAACAAAGGCGGUUGGAGCACUCUGUGUGGCUAUUUUAGUCGACAGAGGACAUCUGCAUUAUGAAGAUAAAAUGUCCGAAUAUUGGCCCGAAUUUGCUUCAAACGGGAAAGAAAACAUUACAAUUGACAUGCUCAUGUCCCAUAGGGCAGGUCUAGCGGCUCUAGAUGAGCCUAUCUCAAGAGAAGAUGCGAAAAAUUUCAAAAAAAUGGCUGAGGCUUUAGAGAAGCAGAUACCGAAUUGGGAACCUGGCACUAAGCAUGGAUAUCAUGCAAUUACGUAUGGUUGGAUUGUUGAUCAAAUUGUUCGACGGGCUGACCCAAAACACCGUUCUGUUGGUCAAUUCUUUAAAGAGGAGGUCGCUGAUAAGCAUGGUAUCGACUUCCACAUUGGUUUACCUCCAUCGGAAGAACACACAGUUUCUCGUCUUUCAAUGCCACCUACAACUCAUCUUCUGAAAGAAAUUGUCCAUGAUCCAAGAGUCCUGAUUGUUCUUGCUGUUCUUCAUCUACGUCCUCCAACCUCUAUCGCACGAAAAAUGAGAGAGAACCCUCAAUGGUUCAAGCUUGAACAGGAUGUGAAUACCUUCAACGACCCAGAGCUUCAUGGAAUGGAGCAAGUUGCAGCUUUGGGUAUAACGAAAGCCAGAGACUUGGCCAAACUGUUUUCUUUGAUGUUGAGUGGGAAGCUGUUUGAUAAGGGCUUACUGGAGCGUUUCAAACAGCCUCAAGUCGCCGGUGGACUAGAUGAAGUUGUGAUGACACCGUUGCCAAAGGGUCAUGGAUUUUUAUAUGAGCGUCAUCCUUUGGGCGGAAACAAGUGGUUAGUAGGACACCCUGGCUUCGGGGGAAGCACUGUAAUGAUGGAUCUAGACGAAGAGCUUGUUAUUUCAUACGUCUCGAAUGGGCUCAAAACAGGAAUGGGGGAAUUAACAAGAACUUAUAGGCAUCUCAGAAACGCUGUAUUCGAUUGCAUAGAAAAAGAGAAACAUAUCAUCAAACCAUAG